UUUAAAAUGGAGGAUUGGGACUUUACUCGGAAACAUAUCAUUGAUAACAUUCCCUCUCGAAGAGGAAUAACAGAGUGCAAUUAUGGUGGAAAAAGCUGUAUUUUCAUUAGAGGGAUCAAGACAAAUGUCAUAACCACAAAACGUCACGAUGACAGUGAUAUUCGCAUUCUGAUAAUACAGCAGUCUGAAAUUUCACAAUUCACCCAACAGUUAUCGAGGUUUAAGCAUGCGCAAAUACUUAUCCUUAAUCAAUUGUCAUUGACUUUGUUUCCAAUCUGCAUUUCUUCUUUCAGCCAUCUUUCAUUGCUGGAUAUUUCGAACAAUUGUUUGAGCAGUGUACCUGAGGACAUCGUUUACUUGACGUCACUUACGCUGCUUAAUGUUUCGAAAAAUUAUCUGGUGGAUAUCACUGCUAUAUGUGAAUUAUCACACCUACAGUCUCUUGAUGUAACUGAAAAUAAGUUAACUGAACUCCCACGUUCAUUUUGGAAGCUUGGAAGAUUAAAAACUUUUUCUUGUUCAUUCAACAAAAUUGUUUGUCUUCCGGAGGAGAUUGGGUGUCUAAAAGUUCUCACGGCUUUACGUAUAACGAAUAACAAACUUUCGACCCUUCCUCGCUCUUUCUCGAAUCUAACUGGUUUACUGCUUUUACAACUUGAUGGAAAUGUUUUUGAUCAUAUUCCUCUGCAAAUUUUUAGUUGUAUUUCUUUGUUAGAACUGAGUUUAUCUCAUAAUAUAAUAGAGGGCAGUAUUCCAGCUAAAAUAUGCUCACUGGUUAAUUUGCGUACUUUGAAUUUAGCAUACAAUAGAGUAAUUGAUUUUCCAGUAGAAUUAAAAAAGCUAGAAUCUUUGGAGUGCUUAGAUAUUAGUGGUAAUCCAGUGGAAUUCUCCACAAUUGCGUUUGGAAAACUCAUUCAAAUUCAGCAACUUUCUGCAUCGAAAUGUGGUUUAUCAUUUGUUCCUGAUGAUCUUAGUUUGUGUUCGAAUCUUGUUAUUCUUGAUCUUAGCGAAAACGGUAUAGGGAAACUGGCUAACGAAAGUCUCAGUUUUCCUCAGUUAACUUCUUUGUGUCUAGCGUUUAAUAUUAUUUCCACUCUACCACUUUCAAUCUGCGAACUAAACAAUCUGGUAGUUUUGGAGUUACAGUUUAACAAAUUAAGUUCGCUUCCAGAGGAUUUUGAGAGAUUGUCAAACACACUUCGGCAGUUAGAUCUUGGUCAUAAUGAAUUUGAGGUCAUUCCUAUGUCCCUGUUCUGUAAAAGAAGCCGUUUGUCGUAUUUGUGCUUGGAUGCUAAUCCUAUUUCAGAAGUUCCAAAUGAAAUAAACAACCUAAAGGAACUUACUCAUUUAUCUAUAUCAGACUGCAGGCGACUGAAGUCUUUGCCUGAAGGCUUAGGAUCGUGUGCGAAUCUUUGUGCACUUAAAGUUUCUAAAAAUAAGUUAUCAUCUCUUCCAAAAACUCUAUCUAAGUUGGAAUCACUCAAGUAUUUGAAUCUCUCAGAUAAUGACUUCAACCAUUUUCCGUUGGUUGUUUGCUCCAUACCAAGACUUCGUGUGCUUCUCUAUGAUCAAACGGAAGGCAGACCACUGCUACCUCCAGAAUGUCCUAAUGGAUGGUAUCAAAAAAGCCUACUACUUUGUCCUGAAAUAAAAGACUCAUUUGAUUCAGAAUACGAAAGUAAUUCCGAGGAAAAUGUAGGAGCUGUUUUACCGGGAAAUACGUUGUCAGAAACAUCAGCUGCCAAAGGUUUGCCAUCAAUGAUUGGAAAUCUUACACAUCUGGUUCAUUUAUCCCUUCAAUCGAAUGGGUUGUAUAUGUUACCUGACGUAUUUCAUAAUAUGAUGUUACGGCGACUAAACGUCAGUCAUAAUCGUCUACGAUGUCUACCUCCAAAUUUACACAGGUCCAAGUAUUUAACACAUUUAUAUCUGCACAAUAACAACAUUGACUACCUGGAUCAAAACAUUCGAAGCUUGAGAACCCUGAAAAUAUUGACUCUUGAUCAGAAUCCACUUUUGUAUCCUCCAGUGGAAGUUGGCGAAGAAAGAUUUUUUUCAGUGUACUCUUACCUAACAAACUACAAAACGUUUGAUGAAUUUGUAUUAAAGUCCCUGUGUGAAAUACUCAUCAACAACUUUCCAAAAGAAAACACUCACAGUCUACUUCAAAAAAUUGGUUUCUCUGAUAUUAUGAUCGAAUCCUUGGAAAAACAGUUUCCCGGAGGUCACAACCACAUUAAACGUUUGAAAGUUGCCUUUGAAGCUUGGACUGGUUUUACUUUCGAAUAUGAAAAUUUAGGUUUAAAUAUAAAGUCUAGAGAAUCAUACUCUGGUCAACAACUAAGCGAUAGUAAGGAUUUUAGCACAUCUGAUAUACUUGCUCAACCAGAUAAAAAAUUAUUGGUGCAGAAUCAAUCUCUGCAAUCCGAACUAUGUGAUACAAAAGAAUCUUUCAGCUCAAAUAACAAAAUACUCAAAGAAACAAAUUCAAAUUUGUAUAUCAAUUCACACAGGCUUUUACAUAUUGUACAUUUAAUUGGUUUGGACCAGUUACAUUCGAAACUUAUGCAAUACGUACUACGUGCUCAGCAAGUACGAUUUUGAACUGUUCAGUUAACUGACGAGAUUAAAUUUAUUCGAUUAUUUUUUGUUACUUUACUAUGUAUACAUUUUUAAGAUAUCUUGUUUUCUUUGAAAUGAUUUCCUAUAAUGAUUUGUUUUAUUGCUAAUACUUUUAAAAUAUAAUCUAUCAUUUAGAUAU